UUUAUGUCCUGAACUAGCUAGCUAGCUACCUCCAUCUGUGGCUGCUGUGGAUUAAAGGAUAAACACACAGGGAAUAUAACGCCGUCGUUGGGAUACUGAUAUGCCGAGAGUCGCUGGAACAUAUGUUUCGUGCACUGGCCCGUCGGCCCGGCAGAAAGUGGACCGGCCUUAAAUUUCUUGGAUGAUUCGCCUGAAUUAGCAGCUGAAGGGCCUCGAGUCCGCGGUGCUCGGGUGAUCGACCAACCGGGGGAAAGCCACGACCUCGCGGGGGGUAGCAUCAAGCCGCAGCCUGCUAUUUACCGAGGAUUCACUGCACCCGAACAUGUCGCACGUCGGACCCCCUCCUCGGUGGCGGAACUGCCCCAGAAAGGGAAAUCCUGUGGCGGGUAAAUUCCUUCCAAUGAAAACAAUGUUGGGCCCCCGAUACGAUGACCAAGUUGCAGAGGGGAACAGGUUCAAUCCGGAAAUGCUGUCCAACUUCUUAAAAAGCCUAAAAGUGAAAAUGGGUUUGCUUAUAGAUUUGACGAACACUACUCGCUUUUACGACCGCAAUGACAUCGAGACGGAGGGCAUCAAAUAUUUGAAACUGCAGUGUAAAGGCCACGGGGAAAGCCCUUCAAAAGAGACCACUGAGAUGUUCAUCAAACUCUGCGACGACUUCAUAGAGAAAAAUCCAACAGAAAUGAUAGGUGUUCACUGCACACACGGCUUCAACAGGACAGGCUUUCUGAUAUGUGCGUACCUGGUGGAGAAGAUGGACUGGAGCAUCGAGGCAGCUGUGGCUGCUUUCACCAAGUCCAGGACUCCAGGGAUCUACAAGGGAGACUACCUCAAAGAGCUUUUCCGUCGCUAUGGAGACGAAGAGGACACACCCCCGGCCCCCGCACUGCCAGAGUGGUGCUUUGAAGACGUCAACGAAGGGGAAGUGGACGAUGACGGCAACGCGGUCGGCCAGGAUUCUGGCCCCAGCUCCUCUGGGUCGGGGCCUGGCAAACGAAAGAAAGAGAAGCUUAAACUGGGUGCAGUAUUCCUCGAAGGCAUUACGGUGAGAGGCGUCACACAGAUCACCAUACAACCCAAACUAGGCGAGAUCCAAAGAAUGUGUCAGGAGUUUUCAGAGUGGGACAGGUCUGGUUUUCCCGGUGCUCAGCCCGUUUCCAUGGACAGACAAAACCUAAGUUUCCUGGAACAGAAACCAUACAAAGUCAGCUGGAAAGCUGAUGGCACACGGUACAUGAUGUUGAUCAAUGGAAAAAAUGAAGUAUUCAUGAUCGACAGAGACAACUCAGUGUUCCACAUAGCAAACCUAGAGUUUCCUUUCCGGAAGGAUCCACGGCACCACUUAGCAAAUACUCUUUUGGAUGGGGAGAUGAUCAUCGACAAGGUGAACGGUCAGCCGGUGCCCCGCUAUUUGAUAUACGACAUCAUCAAAUUCAAUGGGCAGGCUGUUGGCCAGUGUGAUUUCAACAUUCGUCUGUUAUGCAUGGAAAAGGAGAUAAUAUCUCCGCGGCUUGAAAAGAUGAAGACGGGACAGAUCGACAAAACCAAGGAACCUUUCAGUGUCCGGAAUAAGCCCUUCUUUGACAUUCAUGCAGCAAGAAAGCUACUGGAAGGCAGCUUCACAUCCCAGGUCAGCCACGAAGUUGACGGGCUUGUCUUCCAGCCAUGCGGGAGGUACAAGGCCGGGAGGUGUGAUGACAUUCUCAAGUGGAAGCCCCCCGAACUCAACUCUGUGGACUUUCGCCUGAAGAUCACCAAAGUCGGAGGAGAAGGGCUGAUCCCGCAGACUGUCGGCUUGCUGUACGUCGGCAGCUACGAAAUGCCCUUUGCACAGAUGAAGGCUUCUAAAGAGCUGAAGAAUUACGACAACAAGAUCAUCGAGUGCACCUUCGCCGGCAACAGCUGGGUGUUCAUGAGGCAGCGGGUCGACAAGAGCUUCCCCAACUCCUACGAGACAGCCAUUGCUGUGUGUAACAGCAUCAAGGAGCCCGUCACUAAGGACUUCCUGCUGCAGUUCGUGGACCGCUGCACUCAGGGACUCCAAGCCCAGAACCGGAAACACCCCCCAGACCCCGACGCCGAGCUAAUGCCCCCUCCUCCUCCAAAGAGACCCAACCGGGCCGUCCCGUAGCCCACAGCCCGGGGGGGUGCGGGCCUUCUUCCUGGACUGCUCCACAGUCACUGUGUACAUCCACGUCGACCAGCCUCAUCAUCACAAUGACGGACGUUUCAAGGCUUUUCUCACCCGCCACAAGUUUGCUAGUUCAGCGUGUCCAUCAGAAACCUUUCAUCGACAGCCUCAGCGUCAUUCAUUUACCUUCCUUUACUUCUUUGUAGCUUUGACUGCUGGUGUUCUUAUUAAAAUGGAAAACCUGAUGCUUAGUUUUAUUUUUUUUUGUUUUUCUAUUUAUCUUUUUUAAAAUCUGAGCUAAUUGGAAUCAACAGGGACGUUGUUGUGGCUUCAACUUACACCCGCCAGUGUCGACCUUGUUUGUGUUCUGUCGACCAGUUCCUUAAUUUGUACUGAAGGAGGAGUAAACAUUAUCAAAGCUCA